AUGAGCUCUAUGGGUAUGCUUUACACUGGAACAUCUCUCAAAACUAGUUGCUUCAGCAUGAAAUUUGAAGCCGCGAUGAAGGACAAGAUACCUAUAGCUAAGAUUAUGAGGGCCUUUUUGGGUGAAAAGACGAGGUUUUCUGCGCUAAUAGUGGAACAUUUGUCAGGAUAA